AUCACCAUACCCAUUAUUGCUUAGCCCUAGCUCUUCAUUACUCUCUCUCAUCACUUAUAUAUACAUAUAUAUAUACAUAUAUGGCAAGUACUGAAAUCUCAACAGCCAAUGAGAAGAUUUAUGAGUCCUCAUCAGACCUAAUAAUAGUCCAAAACAAGGCGACCGUAGAGAAACUCUACAAGGCCUUGUCUCAAGGGCUAGCCCUUGAGACAGUGGCAGAUCUCGUGGCUACAGACCUCGAGUACUGGUUCCACGGCCCGCCACGUUGCCACCACAUGAUGCGGGUGCUAACAGGCGAGUCACAGGCCGACUCUGUGCCUUUUAGGUUUGAGCCGAGGAGCGUUACUCCUAUUGGGGGCGCGUGUGUCAUCGCCGAGGGAUGGGAAGGAGCAAAGGCUUAUUGGGUUCAUGUUUGGACAGUCAAAGAUGGUGUUAUUACUCAGUUUAGAGAGUACUUUAACACGUGGCUUACCGUCAGUGAUCUUCAGUCACCGGCGGUGAAUGGAUGGGAUGUCUCCACCGGUCACCGGAGCUUGUCCACUGUUUGGCAGAGCAUGCCUAGGGAUCUCUUUCGCCGGUCUCUCCCUAGUCUUCUUCUUGCCAUUUAGAAUAUGAUUUUUAUUAAGUUGUUUAAUAAUUAUUGUUAAUAAUGAUAAUUAGUUAUGUGGGGUUAUAAUUA